CAAAAUAUUACCCAAAUUCGCCGCCGGAUAAAAUUAGAAGUGGGUAAGAACUUUUAUUGCCUGCAAAUCUCGUGAUUUUUGGGAAUAAGGGGAGCUUACCUCGGUAAAUUAUGGUGUUCAAGUGUCAGGAAGAUAGUUUUCUACGAGAAUUCACAUCUCGUGUGCUUUCUUGCGAAGAAGCUGAAUUACCGGGUGCAGGAAAGGAUGCACCGCUGAAGGGAUACAAUGUUGUGUGUGAGGAUACGAUUAUCUUCCCCGAAGGUGGUGGACAACCGUGUGACAUUGGCUAUUUAGGCGGGAAACGUGUCCACAAUGUUGUCCGGAAAGGUGACAUUGCGGUACAUUUUGUUGAAUCAGCUGAGCCUCUGUGUCCUGGAGAGGAAGUUCGGCAGGAGAUUGAUUGGGAAAGACGGAAGGAUCACAUGCAGCAGCAUUCGGGGCAACAUUUAGUCACUGCAUUGUUCGAGAGGGAAUACAAUUUGGAGACAAAAGCUUGGUGGCUGGGAAGUGAGACGUGUUACAUUGAAUUGGGAGCUAAGGAUGUGACACAGGAGCAGUUGGAUAGGAUUGAGAGGAUGUGCAAUGAUCUCAUAGCAGAAGGAAAGAAGGUUUCUGUGUCAGUUUUCGACAGUGUUGAUGGCCUGUCUGACGAAGUAACGCGAGCUACGCGGGGCCUACCAAAGGAUCACGUUGGCCCAAUUCGUGUGGUGACGAUUGAAGAUGUUGAAGGGAAUAUGUGCUGUGGCACGCAUGUUACCAACUUAUCUCAAUUGCAAGUGAUUAAAAUGCUCAAUGUGGAGAAGACAAAGAAUAAACUCCUCGUGCACUUCCUGGUGGGUGACAGAGUAAUUAAGAAAUUGGAAACAUGCUACAGACGCGAGUUGGAAAUGAACCUCAUACUCAAUGGUGGCCCUUCGUCGCAUUUGGAUUUGUUGGGAAAGCUUCAGGGAAAUCUGAAAAGGUACCAGAGGCAAGUUAAAGCUCUCCUGAAGGAUAUUGCCAUCACUGAGGGUGAGAAGCUGAAGAGCACAUCGCCGAAACCCAAGUAUUUCUUCCUUCAUCGCACCGAUGGGAAUGACGCGGAAUUCCUGACGAACUUCCUUCGAUCUGCUGGCAAUCUCCCAGACACUUUCAUGUUCCUCACCACAGUUGAUGACACCGCAAAUGGUCAAAUGAUUCUCCAGGGCAAUCCGGAAGUCAUUACCAAGCUUGGCGGGGAGAUUUGUGAACUUCUCGGUGGGAAAGGGAAUGGCAAAGGGAACACUUUCCGGGCAAAAAUCACAAAUACUAAAAAUAUCAAAAAAGCCGAAUCCCUCAUUGCGAAGUAUUUUGAUGAAAUUGAAUAAUAAAGCACGCUGUAGUCUUUGAUCCAGAA